CACCGGUGCAUUGUUUGAGCAAGGCCAGGCGAAAAUGCCGGGUAGGAUGGUGGAGGAGUUCUCCCAGGAGGUGCAGGACUUUGACCGGCAGAUGGGGUGCAUGGCCGGCGUGUUCCAGAUCUUCGACCGCCGCCGCCUUCUCACCGGACGACAGCGUGGCGGCGCCCGGGGAACCUGGAGUGCACAGCUUCCAGGCCAUACUCUUCCAGGUAGCAGCAUGUAUGCACCGGUACAAAACUCAACUAAUCCAAACAUCACCCUGGAGAAAUCGUUCAGCAAAAGUAUGACUGAGAACAGUAGCCACUCGGCGGAAUCAUCGAGAGCAUCUUCAUGUUCCUCAUCCUGCUCUUCAUUCUCAUCCCUGGACGGCAGCAAACCGGUAGAGAAGGGGCUCCCUUGCAUCAACAAGAAGCCUGUUGUGGGAAGGGCACUGAGGAGCUUAGGAAGCUUGAGGUCUUCCGGUACAGAGGCUAAAUCCAAACAGCCAAGCACUAAUUUUAGAGAUGUCAUAAAGGACUCCAACCGGGACUCUCAUGGCCUGGCCAUUAAGACCACAACGAUGGCGCAGAGAAACGGAUUGCACAAAGACUCGCCAAGGCCACUGCUGAUCUCCAAAUCAACAGAUGGAACUUACGUGAUUGCAAUCGAUAGGAGCAGCGGGCUUCCUGCCUAUGUUGAUGAAUCUAGCAGGCAGCCACGCUUCUCAUGUGAUGAACGACAGCUGCUACAGCAGGUAGAAGCUCAAGGUAGCAAGAGGCCUUCAGCAAAACUCAGGGAGCUUCCUAGGUUGUCCUUGGACAGUAGGAAAGAGUCUGUGAGGCCAAGUUCGCAUCUGAAGAACUUCGGUUAUGCAAGAACAGAUGACAGUCUCAUUGAUAGUUUGAAGGCCAAAGAAUCCCCGAGCCAUCGGCAGGCCAGCAGUGUCAUUGCCAAGCUCAUGGGGUUGGAAGAAUCUAUUGAUAGCUAUGGGCCUGUAAGACCACCCAGACCAGCCCAUGACAAUCAAAAUGAUCGCCCAUCACAUUCUCCUAGCAAACUGAAAACCAAACCUUCUCCAAGAAUUCUGCCUGAAGCUGCCCCAUGGAGGCAGCAGGAGAGAAGUACAACUGGAUAUUAUGCUGAAACAAGGGCAAGGUCUGCAUCUGUCUAUGACGACAUAGAGAGAAGGCUCAGGGGUGUCGAGUUGUCUGAAUGCAAUAAGGACUUGAGGGCUCUCAGGAUACUCGGCGGGUUACAUGCAAAGCACACACCGUGCCAGAGCGAUACCAAUGCCAAAUUACUGCUCAUUCGGAAGGCAGCCGCUGAACGAACCACUACUGCUCAAGAUUUCCAGUCUCCAAUUGUGAUCAUGAAGCCGGCAAGAGGCAUUGCGAGACCGAAUGCUUCAGUUGCUCCCCCUACAAGGCCAAAAGUCCACAGAAACUUGCGGCAUGCUGAGCGCCCUUUCACCGGGAAGAGUCACAGCAGUGACGGUAAGAAGAUCAGUUCUCAUAAUGAAAGAGCUCAUUUCAGGGCGGAGAAAGCUGUAAGCAGCUCAAGCUCACCGAAGUCUUCCAGAUCGUUGCGCCCAAGACUUGUGCAGAAGAAGCCAGACUGUGGAAGGAUGCCUCGCCUGCCAGUUCCACCGAGGUCCCCAACCAAGACGUCUAAUGAAGCAGCGUCCCCAAGAGGCACACUAAGAUCAAGGGCUUCACAAGCAAAUAGCAUCUUCAACGACGAUAAGGUGUUGAUAAUUCCUGGAAGUAAAACCAGUUUGUCAAAGCAGGUAGAUACAUGCAUUAUCGAUUAUGCAAAUCCUCUCAAUGUCAACACGUCAUGCAUCCAUCGAAGCAAUACAACUUCAAUAUUGAAUCAUGAGGAAACUCCAAUCCUAUCUUCUGACAAGAACAUCCAUCCAGUAGAGAACAUACCAAGCCAUGUAUCAGUUCCUGAUGCCGCGUUCUAUCAAGAUGGGUCAUCACCUUCUCUGAGGAAGAUAUCAAAUUCUUUCAAAGAUGGUGCGAUACAUACUUCGGAUGAGUGCUGGAACCCAGUAAGCCUACCUGACACACCACCAUUGAAAAGUAGUGAGGGUAAUCACAUAAUACCAGAAAACAUGAAAGCCCACAUCCAAAGGCUUGAGCUCUUGCAAUUGUUGAGUGAUGAGGCUCCGAGCAUAAAUAACAAUUUGUCGACAAUCACCACCAAUGAAGACCACCAUUACAUUUACGAGAUACUCUCAGCAUCAGGCCUCCUGCACAGUGAACUAAGCUCCGGGACGAUGCCCUGUCAGUUUCAGUUGCCGAGCUACCCAAUCAGUCCAGAGCUUUUCCUUAUCCUUGAACAAGCAAAACCAACCGCAGGAAAGCUUCACCGCAGGCUCAUCUUCGAUCUUGCAAAUAAACUUAUUGCUCAGAAAAUGCACAGUGGUGGUCCUGUCAGCCGAUCAGUGCAGUUUCUUCAAUCUAAAAAAUCAAGUGGGUCGAAACUUUUCAAGGAAUUAUGUAUGAUGAUUGAAAGGAUCAAAUCUGAGGCCUCGAUGUUAAGAUUCUUUGAAGAAGAAGAUGCCAAGAGCGUGCUAGCAGAGGAUGCAGUACGUGAAAUGGGAGAAUGGAAGAGUUUCGACAGUGAGCCACAAGGGAUGGUUCUGGACAUUGAAAGAUCCAUCUUUAAGGAUCUUAUUGAAGAGGUCAUAAGCAGUGAUGCUAUGGGAAAGGUGCAACUUAGGCAAUGGAAAAUAAAUAGGCAGCUGUCUUUGUGAAGCAUAUAGACUAAACAAUUUUGUUGCGUUACUGUUCUCAGGAAGCUGAGCUGAUGGUAAAUGUAAAUUAUUUUUAGCAGCUGUAAAAAAAUAAUAAGUUGUAGAAGUACGUAUAUAUAAUUUUUCCUGUACAAUCAAUGCAAUUUUAACAGA